GAUCUAGUUUUAUUUGUGUACUGAAUUUUGAAUCAAGUUGAUUAAAUUAGGGGUCGUUGUGUGCACGGGAUGACCAUCCUCGGUUUAAAACUACCCCAGGAUCUGGCCGUUGGGACGUGGCCUUACUGGUAAAAAAAAAGAGUUCUUAGAUUGAGACUCCAAAACGGCACAACCCCAAAUCACUACGGAGAACGAAAGCGCUCAUUUUUCAGAACAAUGGAACGUUCGGUUGGUACCCUCUCAAGAAGACUCUGUCGCUCUCUUUUCUCCACAAGCCCUACAAUUUCUCAGAUUUCUGUGCCUUUCUCCACCAGCCUUUCGUCUCACGAGGGCUCCGACCAUGACAAUUCGGACUUGGACAACGAGUCAGUUCCUGACGCAUCCCAACCGCCACCACAAUCAUCGUCACCUGAGGGAUCGGGAGUGAAACGGGAGAUUUAUGAACGACCACUCGAGAACGGCCUCGAUGUGGGUAUUUACAAGGCGAUAAUUGUGGGGCAAGUGGGGCAAAGUCCGAUAAAGAAGAAGCUGCGCAGCGGGAGGUCGGUCACACUGUUUUCAAUUGGAACUGGUGGGAUUCGCAAUAAUCGCAGGCCAUUGGAGAAUGAGGAGCCCAGGGAUUAUGCAAAUCGAUGUGCUGUUCAGUGGCAUAGGGUUUCAGUAUAUCCAGAAAGGCUGGGAGAUAUUGCCGUGAAGCAUGCUCUACCUGGUUCAAUUAUAUAUUUGGAGGGAAACCUGGAGACCACGAUCUUCACCGAUCCAAUUACUGGUCUUGUUCGAUGGAAAAGAGAGAUUGCAAUACGUCGAAAUGGUCGUCUCGUGUUUCUCUGCAAGGGUGCUGAUGAUGACCAUCAACCAAGUCCAUCAGAAUUUAAGAGCGUUGGCUAUUACUAAGAUCAGAUGGAAGGAGGAAUGAACUUGACAUUCAAAAAAGAACUUCAUAGUUCAUUCUCAAAUUUGUAAUUACUUUAAUCUUUCUGAGUCGGCAUUUUAUUUCUGUAUUUGACAUAGUAUUUGAUGCUAUGGAAGCAGGAAAUGCUGGGGAACGAUUACAUUUGCCAGUUGUCUGACCAAUGAACCAGUGGAUCUUAUUAAUGCAACACUGGCCCCUCCUGAUGGUCAUCUUUACAGCUUACUGGGGUUUUUCCUUCUUUUCUCUCCAGCCAAACAUGGUUUGUUUUACUGGAAAACACAGUAACUGCAGAGAUUGUUUAUAUAAAAAGGCAUUUAGCUUCUACACAUGUUUGUGGUAAUUAGAGCAUCUGUAUACAAGUAGGGUUAAGAUUAAUCACCAUCUCCUCCCAUGACACUGAAACAUUUCAUGGAAGUACAAGUUAUAGAUCAAUAAUGUUAUUUCAUCUA